ACUAAUAAUGGUUUUGACGUUUGUCAUGUUUCGUGGAGUGAGGUGUGGUGUUGACUAAUUUUAAUGUUGAUAAAAGAAAUAAAUAAGUAGAUAGGUGUUUUUCUUUAGUGGUAAUUAAAAUGGAUAGUGAAGGUAGGAAAGUGAUUGUUUGUGAUAAUGGUACGGGAUUCGUUAAGUGUGGCUAUGCCGGUAGUAACUUCCCAGCCCAUAUAUUUCCUUCAAUGGUAGGAAGACCCAUAAUCAGGGCCGUCAAUAAAAUAGGUGAUAUCGAAGUUAAGGAUCUUAUGGUAGGAGAUGAAGCUUCAGCUCUUAGGUCACUUUUAGAAGUCAAUUAUCCCAUGGAAAAUGGAGUAGUUCGCAAUUGGGAAGAUAUGUGCCAUGUUUGGGAUUACACUUUCGGUCCUAAUAAGAUGAAUUUAGAUCCAAAAUAUACCAAAAUUCUUUUGACUGAACCUCCGAUGAAUCCUACAAAAAAUAGAGAAAAAAUGAUUGAAGUUAUGUUUGAGAAGUAUGGAUUUGCUGGAGCUUAUGUUGCCAUUCAAGCAGUUUUGACACUUUAUGCUCAGGGACUUUUAUCUGGUGUAGUAGUUGAUUCUGGUGAUGGGGUAACCCAUAUCUGUCCAGUUUAUGAAGAAUAUGCACUGCCACAUCUCACUAGGAGGUUAGAUAUUGCUGGACGGGACAUUACUCGUUAUCUUAUAAAACUUUUAUUGCUCAGAGGAUACGCUUUUAACCAUUCUGCAGAUUUCGAAACGGUUAGAAUGAUGAAAGAAAAACUCUGUUACAUAGGCUAUGACAUUGAAACUGAACAACGCUUAGCACUAGAAACAACAGUACUUGUAGAACCCUACACUUUACCAGAUGGCCGUGUUAUCAAGGUGGGUGGGGAGAGAUUUGAAGCCCCAGAAGCUCUCUUCCAACCCCAUUUGAUUAAUGUGGAAGGCCAAGGCAUAGCAGAACUAGUUUUCAAUACAAUACAAGCCGCCGAUAUUGACAUGAGGUCUGAACUGUAUAAGCACAUAGUCCUCUCAGGGGGCUCUACGAUGUACCCUGGUCUCCCUUCUCGACUGGAACGUGAAAUAAAACAGCUGUAUAUGGAACGUGUACUUAAAAAUGACAUCGAGAAGCUCAAUAAGUUCAAAAUUCGAAUAGAAGACCCGCCGAGAAGAAAAGACAUGGUGUUCAUAGGUGGAGCUGUAUUAGCUGAAGUUAUGAAAGACAGGGACGUUUUUUGGUUGUCUAAGCAAGAAUAUGAGGAGCAGGGCUUGAAAAUAUUGAAGAAACUUGGUGCAAGAGCUGUGUGAAUAGUCCUUUAUGUUUAAACAAAUUGCGUUUUAGGCGUUUAUUGAAAAUUUAGGAAGUGAGGUUAUGAUGAAGCAAUUCCAAAUAGGUUGUCAUCAAUUUUUUAAUAGUCAGAUUGUACCUUAACGUCUCAAAAACAAUAAUAUAUUUAUAUUUAAAGUCAUUUUGUUAAGAUUUGCAAUGCUUUCAAUGUCUUGUCAAACUUCAUUCUGUGACAAAUAUGACUGAUGAUGUUUGACAAUUAAGACAUACUGAACUAAUGUAUAUAAACAGUAUACAUUGAAAUUAUGUUUAGUCCGAUUAUUUUUGUUUUUAAGACUUGAGGACUUUGUAAAUUGUAAAAAAAUGUAUCUUAAUUUUUAAUUUUUCUCUUUGAAAAUGUUUCGUGUUCCUUGUUUGAAAUAAUUAUUGUGUUAAUUAAAAUGUUCAGCUUUCUUUGGAAUUAUAAUUUAUGAUUUUUUAAGUUAUAAAAAGAACUGUUACUAUGAACUAUUACUAAAUAAUUAUACUUUUUGUAGCAAUAUCAGUAAGAAAUAUAAAAUAAUUAAUAUUUCAGUGCUAUUGUCAAUAAUUAUUUAAAAAAAAACUACCCAAGUAUUUAAAUAUUUUUUAUAUUGUUUCGUACAAUUUGUAAAGACUUAUGUUUUAUAUUAUAUUCUUAAUUUUAAUAUUAUGUGCAUUUUAUUUUUAUUAAGAUUAUUGUAGCAUAAUUUUAUAUUUACCUCGAUAAAUAAAGUUAAUUACUUAUUUAUUUCUAUUUAUUUUUGUCGACUUGGCAACGACGCCAAAGCCUACUUCUCAAAGUC